GGCGGGAUUCUCAGCGUUCUCUGGUAGCGACCAUUUUGGUUAAUGUUGGGUGUGUUUCUGCGGUUUGUGAGGUGAGAGGCGCAGGAGCUAUGGGUCCGAACCGCGGUGUCUGAACCCAGAAGGUGAAGAGUCCUUCUUGCUGCACAGAGGCAGAUCUUAGGCCCCGUAACGGCGCCCGCCGCUCCCGGCAGUGCUUUCCCCGCGUACUCGGAUGGCGCCGGCCGCGCUGAGGCUCCCGGCUCAGGCAUCAUCUGGCUGCAAAGAAAAGAACACACUGUGUUUGAGGGAGGAGGAAGGAGGAUCAGAGUUUAAACUCCUGCCAUAAUGCAGGGCACUGUGGCAUUUGAAGAUGUGGCUGUGAACUUUUCCCAGGAGGAAUGGAGUCUCCUUAGUGAGGUUCAGAGAUGCCUUUACCAUGAUGUGAUGCUGGAGAACUGGGUACUUAUAUCCUCCCUGGGUUGUUGGUGUGGAUCAGAAGAUGAGGAGGCACCUUCUAAGAAGAGCAUUUCUAUACAAAGAGUGUCUCAGGUCAGCACUCCUGGGGCAGGUGUGUCUCCCAAGAAGGCCCACUCUUGUGAAAUGUGUGGCGCAAUCUUGGGAGACAUUUUGCACUUGGCAGAUCAUCCGGGGACACAUCACAAGCAGAAACUGCACAGGUGUGAGGCAUGGGGGAAUAAAUUGUAUGAUAGUUCAAACCGUCCGCACCAGAAUCAGUACCUUGGAGAGAAACACUAUAGAAGCAGUGUUGAGGAAGCAUUGUUUGUGAAGAGGUGUAAGUUCCAUGUGUCAGAGGAGUCAUCUAUCUUCAUUCAGAGUGGAAAGGACUUUUUGCCCAGCUCAGGAUUACUGCUGCAGGAGGCCACUCACACUGGGGAGAAGUCAAACAGCAAACCUGAGUGUGAGUCUCCCUUUCAGCGGGGAGAUACUCAUUACAGCUGUGGAGAAUGCAUGAAACAUUCUAGCACCAAACACGUAUUUGUUCAACAGCAGAGACUUCCCUCUAGAGAGGAAUGUUAUUGCUGGGAAUGUGGGAAAUCCUUUAGCAAAUAUGAUAGUGUCAGUAAUCAUCAGAGAGUUCACACUGGGAAAAGACCUUAUGAAUGUGGAGAAUGUGGGAAAUCUUUUAGUCAUAAGGGCAGCCUUGUUCAGCAUCAGCGAGUUCAUACUGGAGAAAGACCUUAUGAGUGUGGAGAAUGUGGGAAAUCUUUUAGUCAAAAUGGUACUCUCAUUAAACAUCAACGAGUUCACACUGGAGAAAGACCUUAUGAGUGUGAAGAAUGUGGGAAAUGUUUUACUCAGAAGGGCAAUCUCAUUCAACAUCAACGAGGUCACACUAGUGAAAGACCUUAUGAGUGUGAAGAAUGUGGAAAAUGUUUUAGUCAAAAGGGCACCCUCACUGAACAUCAUCGAGUUCACACUAGAGAAAGACCUUAUGAGUGUGGAGAAUGUGGGAAAUCUUUUAGUCGAAAGGGACACCUUAGGAACCAUCAGCGAGGUCACACUGGAGAAAGACCUUACGAGUGUGGAGAAUGUGGGAAAUCUUUUAGUCGAAAGGGCAACCUCAUUCAGCAUCAGCGAAGCCACACUGGAGAAAGGCCUUAUGAGUGUAGGGAGUGUAGGAAAUUAUUUAGGGGCAAGUCCCACCUCAUUGAACACCAGAGAGUUCACACUGGAGAAAGGCCAUAUGAAUGUAAUAAAUGUGGGAAAUCAUUUCAAGACAGCUCUGGGUUUCGUGUUCAUCAGAGAGUUCACACUGGAGAAAAACCGUUUGAGUGCAGUGAAUGUGGGAAGUCAUUUCCUCAAAGCUGUUCCCUCCUUCGACAUCGGAGAGUUCAUACUGGAGAAAGGCCUUAUGAAUGUGGAGAAUGUGGAAAGUCAUUUCAUCAGAGCUCUUCCCUCCUUCGACAUCAGAAAACUCACACUGCAGAAAGACCUUAUGAGUGCAGAGAAUGUGGGAAAUUCUUCUCCAGUCUCCUUGAACACAGGAGAGUUCACACUGGAGAAAGGCCUUAUGAAUGCAGGGAAUGUGGAAAAACAUUUACUCGAAGGUCUGCGCAUUUUAAACAUCAGAGACUUCAUACUCGAGGAAAGCCUUACGAGUGCAGCGAAUGUGGGAAAUCCUUUGCUGAAACCUUCAGUCUUACUGAACACAGGAGAGUUCACACUGGAGAAAGGCCUUAUGAGUGCAGUGAAUGUGGAAAAUCAUUUCAUCGAAGCUCUUCUCUCCUUCGACAUCAGAGAGUUCACACAGAAAGAAGUCCUUACAAGUGAAAAGAAAUUUGGGAAAUUCUUUAGCUAAACCUCUGUGCAUCUUCUUGAUCAGAGGGUUCUUACUGGCUCAGGACCUUAUGAGUGUGACAAACGUGGGAUAUUCUUUAUGCAGAAGUCUUGUUUUAUUACAUACAGAAGAGCUCCCACUGCAGAAGGGCCUCUUGAGUGCGAUGAAUGUGAGAAAGCCUUCUGCCUUCUGUCAUUGGGUAACAGAUUGUUCUCAUAAGGAAAACACUGUACACAUACAUGAAAUAUUAUUUCUUGUAAAACAUAACACUGGAGGAGAUUUCUUAUGACGGAGCCAUCUGCCUAAAUUGACAUAACUUCAGCAUCUGCAUAAACUCAAUUAUGUUGGAGCUGUGUGGCAUUUUUCACCCUGCCGGGUUCCCUUGCCAGACAUGACUGUCAGUUAUCUGGCAAAAGCCAUUUUAUGUCAGCCACGAGGCAGGUGUUCACUGUGCAUCAUUCAUGCACCCCAUGAUGUUCUGGAAGUAAACCUUGGUUGUCUUUCGUUGGCCAGAGGAAUUGGGAUCUCAAGGGCAUUUCCCUUUGCCCACCUCACCUUUUCAUAUUUGGUAAACUGUAUGCAUUUGCCUCCAGCCCAAGGUUAUAAAUAUGAACUGAUUAUGAUCUGCAUGUUCUCUCUUUGGGUUCAAGCAUUUCCUUACAGAAGAGCCACCGUGGAAGUCAUGGGGACUCAUGCCUUUAAUUCCAGUGUUUUGGGAGACUAAGGCAAGAACAUCCUUGAGGCCAGGAGUUCGACACUGUAUAACAGAUAUAUCUGACAGCAGUAACUCAAGCACACCCUAAGAAUGACCCUGUGGUCUAAGAAGAGUGUUGGUUCAGCGUUCCAAACGAAGAAAUCCAGGAGUGGCCAACCUGGAGGUUUCUGAACCCCUGGCCUGUUCCUUGGAAUGAGGCCCUUUGUUUUGAGCUAGGCGGAGGGUGAUAAGUGAAAAUACUAUAUAAACUGCAUGCUUCUUUCAAAUGAUAGUGGUUUUCUUGUCCAGCCUGCCGCUCCUGGACUGCCCUGUAUCUAAGUCCUCAAUAAACCCUAUGUCUCAU